AUGGAAGCUAUUGGCAUUAGCUAUACGGGUUUGGCGAUUAUCCUGACCUCAGCGUCAGUCGCCUACCUGGUAAUUUCCACCAUUAUAGAUGGCUGGAAUAAACCUCCUCUGCCUCCCGGUCCUCCAGCACUUCCCAUUAUUGGUAAUUUGCAUCAGAUGAGCCUCAAUGCGCCAUGGAAGCAACAUAUGGAGUGGACCAAACAGUACGGCCCUAUUUUUCGAUUGAAGGCCGGGAAGGAUACCAUAAUUGUUCUCGGGACUAUGCAAGCGGCACGCGACUUACUAGAUAAGAAAAGUAAGAUUUAUUCGUCCCGACCACGCAGUGUUAUGGCGUUCGAAAAUGUAUCAAAAGGGUUGCGCCCUGUUCUUAUGCCAGAUAAUGAGCAGUGGAAGACUGCAAGAAGGUUGCAAGGUGUAGUUUUGACCUACAAAAUGUCCCAGUCAUACCGUGGGGUCCAAGCAUUAGAGUCUCUGCAAUUACUUCGAGGGUUAUUGCAGAAUAAGGGCAAGUUCCAAAAGGAAUUUCACCGGUACUCGACCUCGACACUGUUCGCUCUCGCAUACGGCCAGCGCAUGACUAGAGGAGACGAGGACGAGGUCAAAGCUAUCGAUCUCAUUGUGGAGCGUUUCGCACUUUUUGGCCGUGUCGGAACCUGGAUCGUUGAUGCUAUUCCCGUUCUCAAUUACUUGCCGACAUUUCUCGCACCAUGGAAGAAAAUUGCCGAGGAGUGCCAUGCCUUUGAGUCCAAAAUGCACAUGAAGCACUUGCACCAAGCAAUGGAACGACCAGGUUGGAACUUUGUCAAAGCAGUCAAAGAUGUGAAGGCUGCAGAAGGAGUAUCUCGAAAGGAGUUGGCAUAUAUUGUGGCUAUUCUUCUCGAAGCCGGCGCCGAAACAACCACGAAUGCACUGGAGACCUUUGUACUUGCUGCUCGUUUGUAUCCUCGAAUUAUAGGCCCGGCUCAAGCCGAGUUGGAAUCAGUUGUUGGAACUUCUCGACUUCCAACCAUAGAUGACAGUCCCAAUCUACCUUAUAUCAAUGCAAUUGUCAAGGAGACACUCCGCUGGCGACCGGUCGUACCGGAAUCCGUACCCCAUCUCAAUACAGAAGAAGAUGAAUAUAUGGGAUACCGAAUCCCCAAAGGAUCCAUCAUUCUGCCCAAUGUUUGGGGUAUUCAUCUCAACGAAGAUAUUUACCCCGACCCAAACAAUUUCCUGCCUGAAAGAUGGCUUACAACUGAAAAAGAUGCGCCACCCGAACAUGCUGCAUUUGGUUUUGGACGAAGAAUUUGUACCGGACAGCACAUUGCAUACAAUUCUCUUUUCCUGAAUGUUGCGCGUAUCCUAUGGGCGUGCAACAUUGGACCCAAAAUUGAUGCAGAUGGUCGUGAGGUGCCCGUUGAUGAGUGGGGUUUCAGUGAUGGUUUCAUUAGUAGACCAUUGCCAUUCGAGGUCAGUAUCACUCCUCGUAGCGAGGAGCGAACAAAGCUGGUGGAGAAAGCAUGGGAUGAAGCAGAUAAGGACUUGCUAAUCAUUGGCGCUACCUCACCGGGCCCCACUGCUAUGUUUGGACCCAUUCGACAUGGUAUUCUCCGCUCCGAGCCUGGCUUUCCGGUUCAUAUCAACGCCGACAUUGUCCACAGUGGCGACCUGGUGACCAUCGAUCCAGAUCAAAAGUGGCUUCACAACGAUUUCUCGGGCAUGCUGAAGACCGACAGUGGGGAAUACCUUCGUUUCACCAUGAAGGCUAUUGAGCAGCCCACCCAGGGCAUCAUGAGAAUCUUGGGAGGCGACCCGACCGCACCAGAUGUAGAACACGGAGACUUCUAUGGAGGUAAGCACUUUGAAAAUCCUGCAGGAACCGCUCAAGAGCGGUCGCUUGGCAGCGCCUAA